AGUGUAGUAAGUCAAGUAGAAGGAGCUGGCCUGCCUGCCUCCCCCGUAGCUGCCCACCGUAGCUGGCCCCGUGGCUGCCCCGUUACCUCGACGCGCGACUCACGGCAGCUGCCACUGACCUCAUGGGCUGGUUUACGCCCGGUAAUCGCGUCACCCUCCCGCACCGCACGCACCUCUCACCACACAACACCUCACCACACACACCUCUUCCCUCACCACUCUCCAACUUCCAGCCCUCUCCCACACCACCAGCUUGGGACCACAACAUAUCCAUAUACGCUCGCUGUCGCAAGCAUCCAUCCCCCCCCCUCUUCCACGUCGCCAUUCCAUUGGCACUCAAUUGAUUCAUCACUAUCCCCAUCUACAUCCCAUUUCUGAAAGCUGUUCCUAGCCUCUGCUAAUCGCUGUCGCCAUCGGCUCCACCACCAAUCCAUCAGCCAGUUUCAUCGCGACGCCAUUGCCUUUCCAUCACAAUGGCUGAACCGACAGCCAUCGAUGUACCCACGCUCUCGGCAGUCCCAGCCUCCGUCGCUUCGGCUGACGUCUCUGCCGCCGCUACACCUCAGUCCUUGCCACCCAUGGAUCCCGACGAGCGCGACAAGUCCCUGCACGUGUCGCUGGCCGACUUGACCGCCAAGGCCAAUGCCCUCUAUGCGCAGAAGAAGUAUGAGGAGGCCGCCGAAGCUUUUUCGCGCGCCACCGAGAUGCAGGCCGAGAUCAAUGGCGAGAUGGCUCCCGAAAAUGCUGACAUCCUCUUCCUCUACGGCCGCGCUCUCUUCAAAGUCGGCCAGAGCAAGAGCAACGUCUUGGGUGGCGCGCCUGCUUCCGAGAAGAAGGCGAACGGUGCCGACAAGAAGCCAAAGACCAAAAAGCCCCACGCCGAGUCGUCCUCCGCCAACGCGGCCGGCGACGAGAAGGACAAAGCCGUUGACAAAGGGGCUGCCGUCGUUGCUAAAAACGCCGCCGAGAGCGAGGUAAAGGCGAGCGACAAGGCACUUGAUACGAAGAAACCUCUCUUCCAAUUCACCGGCGACGAGAACUUCGAGGACUCGGACGAGGAGGAAGGAGAGGGCGAGGGCGAGGGCGCAGGCGAGGGUGAGGAGGAAGAGGAUGAUGAUCUCGCGGUCGCAUUUGAGAUCCUCGACCUGGGCCGCGUACUUUUCGAGAAAACUUUAGAGCAACGAGAUCGAGAAACCUCGGAAGGAAAGGACAAGGAGGCUGCCGAAGGGGACACCCCUGCUGUCAAACACAUCAGAGAACGUCUCGCCGAUACCCACGACCUCCUCGCUGAGAUUUACCUAGAAGAUGAAAAGUACCCCGAAGCAAUUAAGGAUUGCCGCGCCUCUCUGAAGUACAAGGAGGGCCUCUACCCUAUAGAGUCCGAAGCAGUAGCCGAAGCCCACUUCAAGUUGUCGUUAGCCCUCGAAUUCGCGUCCAUCACUAGCUCCGCCGACGAGGCGAAUGGUGCCGGCCCGAAAAUCGUCGACGAAGCUUUACGGCAGGAGGCCGCUGCGGAGCUGCAGAAGGCGAUCGACAGCACCAAGCUGAAGCUGACCAACAAGGAGAUCGAUCUCGCUAUGCUGCACGCCCCCGAAGACAACGAGCUAUCGCGGAAGCAGAUUGCGGAAAUCAAGGAUAUCAUCGCGGACAUGGAGCAACGGCUCGUCGAGCUCUCCAAACCACCUAUGGAUGUCAAUUCGGUUCUGGCGGCCGAGGACGCCGUGUUGGGCGUUUUGGGCGCUGCCCUGGGCGAGUCUGCAGCCGAGAAGGAAGCCCGCCUCGAGGACGCCAAAAAGAGUGCCAAGGACCUGUCCGGCUUGGUUCGGAAGAAGGCCAAGGAACCCGAGUCGAAGCCAGAACAGGGUCUAGAUGCCCAACAACCGAAGCAGACGAACGGGAACGGGAAGCGUAAGGCAGAAGAGGCGGCGCCCGGGGAAGAUGAAACAAAGAAGACCAAGCUGGAGGAGGAGGGACCCAACCCCGACUCCCACUAGCAUUCGAAGCGGGGACAGAGGUCAGCCAGCAAGGGGCGGGGCACGGCGGUGCUCGUACGUCUGAGGCCUCCUCGCUCAGCUAGGUAGCUCUCAUCUCUAGCGAAC